UAUGUAAUGAAAAUGAGGGGAAAGUGAUUAUCUCAUUAGGGGGUAUAGGCGAGAUUGGUUAAUAUUCUUAAAUUAUAAAGUUUUUUACUCUUCAGUAGAUUUGUCAAAAUAUAGUGGUCAUUGUUGAAGACUUUGAUUUUUCACAAUGAUGACAGUGUUAAAGGAUUUGAUCUAAAACUUAGAAUUUAAAAAUAGUUUUAAGACCAGUAUUUUCUAGCUGAUCUAUCAUUAUAACCGACAUUAUUUGCUUCUGUCUCAUUUAAUGCCCUCCCAUAUCAGAAUCACACUUGGGGCUUUCCUAGGGCAUAUAUAAUCUUUGACUUCUAACUUAAGUCCUGUCAAAGAGGCAAGUUAUUUUGCUAAGGUUUGUUUCUAAUAAUGUUAUUCUCUUUUAAUUUCACUAAAUUAUUGUAUCUUCAUGUACUCUCUUCUGAGGUAUAAUCUUCCUACCAUCUCCACAAAUAAUUCCUCAUUCUUCAGUACCAGUUUUUACCAAUGGCUGUGGAACUCACUCUCUUUGCUUGUCUUCAUGUCAGAUUUGGACUGAGCAACAAAUUUGAAUCAGAAUUCCCUUCUUCGUUAACUGGAAAAGUAGCUCCUGAAGAAUUUAAAGCCAGCAUCAACAGAGUUAACAGUUGUCUUAAGAAGAACCUUCCUGUUAAUGUACGUUGGCUACUUUGUGGCUGCCUUUGUUGCUGCUGCACAUUAGGUUGCAGUAUGUGGCCAGUUAUUUGCCUCAGUAAAAGAACACGAAGAUCGAUUGAGAAGUUAUUAGAAUGGGAAAACAAUAGGUUAUACCACAAGCUGUGCUUGCACUGGAGACUGAGCAAAAGGAAAUGUGAAACGAAUAACAUGAUGGAAUAUGUCAUCCUCAUAGAAUUUUUACCAAAGACACCGAUUUUUCGACCAGAUUAGCAUUCACUUUAUUUAUAGAGACUUUCCAAGUAUGUUGUCUUUCCAAUGGUGCCUUGCUUGGUGCUCUCCUGGUGGUGACAUAACAUUGGUUCUACAGAAUCGUGUGGUGUUUUGUUUUUUUUUUUCUGUUUUUGUUUUUUUAAAUAACCGCAUGUUCUAAGUGUGCAUUUUUGUCAAACUUUGCAACAGUUAUUUCAUACAGAUGUUUAAUACUUAAGUUAUUGUGCUCUUUUCUGUUAUGUAUUCUGAUUUUCAAGGAUUACUUUUUUGUAUUAUCGAAAAAAUACAUUUGAACUUAGCAUAAAAAGUGGCCAGCCUUUUUUAUUUUAUCACCAAGGUACACACACAGUCCUCUAUUUAUUAAUUGCAUAAUAUAGAAGAACACUUUUGUAAGCCUCUACUUAUCUAUUCCAAGCACACUCUUUGUAUUAUUUUUCUUCCUUUUAAAAUUUAAAAUAGUUAUUAUUUUAAAAUAGUAAGUUUUCUUUAAUAGCUUUUUGGAAUCUAACAUAUCCUUUUCCAUACAAUUCCUAAUGCUCUGUUUACAGCAGAAAUAUCUGUUACGUUAUGAAGACCUAUCAACAAAUUUUGAAAGUGUUUCUGUCUUCAGAGGUAGUAAGGCAGUAUUAAAUUAUUUUUAAUAGAAUAGACAAAUAAUGAAUGGUAUGCAUGCACCUAAUGGUUACUAGAGCUCAGGAUCACAAAAUAUAGUAGCAUUACAAUCUGUGUAUAUUUUUGAUCAAGAUGAUAAUAAUGGCCUUACUUGCGUUAUUUUUUAUUGUUUAUCAAAUCUUCUAUAGAAAAGUAUGGAAAUACUCCUUUUAAAAAUUUCUAAGGAAAAUGCUUCUCCCAAUCUAACAUAAUUGUAGAAUGGAUAUAUGUUUCUGAAAAGUUUUUGGAAGAAAGCAAAAGUUCUCGAAUUAAAAGUAAGCUGGUGUUUAAAUACCCCAUUGAUACUUAGAACAGAUUACUAUUGCUAAGAAACGGAGGACCUAUUUAGUACUGUUUUUAUCCACUAGUUUGCUUUCAGUCCAGUUAUGCAUACUUUUUUGACUGAGAAUGCGACAUGUAAGUUUGAAUCAGAUUAACAUAUUUCUUCUAAAUAUAUACAAAUAUACAUAUCCCCCCCCUUUUGGUUGUACAUAUCUCCAUGCAUUUUAAAACUUUCUAAAUUUCUGAAUGGCCUAUGUGUAAAUUUUUGUUUUUAUAAACCUGAAAUUAUACAAGUUUUAAUGUGUGUCAAGAACUUGUUCCAUUCAACUGUGGUAUCUAGCAAUAAUGUGAAUAACUUUUGAAAUUAUAUAAACUAUGCUUACUAAUUUGUAUUAAGAAUUGGUACCACUAUACAGUAUCUUUUCUCCUUGUAUUAAAUCUUUUAAAUACCAGUUUCUUUAAUUUAUAUACCUGUAUUUUUUAAAAGUAUUUCUCUGUACUUCUCCAGAGUACUGUAAUUGUAUAUAAAUUUGAAUAGUUGGAGUCUAGAAUCUUAUAUCCUAUAUCCUAUAUUGGACAUUAGGAACUAUCUUAAAAACUAGGGUGUUGUUUUUGUUUUUUGUCUGAGAAUGAUUUGUUUCCAUUGCCCCCCAAAACACUUUUCCUACGAAGAGUUCAGAGUACAAAGAUUCAAACGCUUCUUUCUCGCUUUAUUGACUUUAUGUCCAGGGCAUGUCCUACCACGUUAAAGUAGUGGAACUAAAAGGGAAUGCUACUCAAAAACUAGUAUUCCUGUAUGGUUUCAGUGUGAAAACGUAUUAAGUGGAGAAGGCUGACUCUGCCUCGGGAUUCAGAAAGAACAGAAAAAUACAUAUGUAGGCGCUGCAACACGUCUACAUAUUUUAGGUAUUCCAUAUCUAAAAUUUUGUAAAUUUGUAGAGUGCCAUAUUGAUCAGCUUUAUAGGAAGAACUAUACCUAUUUAGACAUAAUUUUUUUCUCCUGUUAUUAGUCUUCUGGAAAUUAUAAUUUUAAAAUUAUUCCCAUGAGAAUAUUUUAACAGUAAGAUAAUAUUCAUAGUUGCCAAUAUUUAGGAAUAGGAUUUUUUCAAGCUUUUCUGAUUUUGAGAAGUAUGUCAGUUGCUUUAAGGUUCCCUAGAAAUAUGCACUCUCAUAUUUUUAAUGUGUGUGUGGAAAAGAACGGUGAAUGAUUAAUAUGUGGCAUCACCAUUAGCCAGUUAUACCUUGAGCAGUUCCAUUUCCCCGUUCGGCUUUUCGUUAUUAGCUCCCGUGGAGCCCUCUGGCUUAUCUUUUCUUGAUUCAUGAAUCUAAGGGCCCAUGUUACUAGAAGCUGAAAUGUCAGAGAUGCAUAUGUUGUGUGAACAUUAGCCCAAAGGAAAUAUUUAAAAUGGUAAUUGUUCUUCGGUUCCUAUUUUCUGACUUAAAGUUCCUGAGACAUAAACUAUAGGUACUUUUGAAGUUGGCCAAGAAAAGGUAUUAUUGGCAGAAAAUCUAAUGUGUAGAUUUUACAUAGGCUAAGUGAAUAACUGUGAUCCUUGUUUAUGUAUGAUUGGCAUUUUACAGGUAGUCCAUCAUUCUUGUGUAGAAACAUUUACUUUGCAAAGCUUAUUAUAUUUUAAUACAUGACUACAAUAUAACUGGGUUAAAACGUAUACUCUAAAACCUAAUGACUAUAGUAAAACUCAAGUGACACAGUUAGCUUCUAAGGCAGAUACUGGCCCCGCUCACAAGAGGGUCACCUUACCUAUGGCAAAUGGUCGUCAGAUGCUUUAUUAAGACUCUUCAAUGACUAGGUCCCAUUCAUUUGAAAUUCAAACAUACAAUUUGGGCCAAAAAUCAAGAAGUGUUCACACCUUUAAUAGUAAGCAAUGAUUCCCUUUUCUUACUAGAAAAAGUACUUUUAUAAUUGAACAGUUUUAGAGCGGGAAGAACUACAAAUUUCUCCAUGGUUGUGUUCUCAAUGUUAUUUGCAGACGACUUCUGAUUGCUUCUUUAUACUAGUAGACACAGGCAAACUGUGUAAAACUUUGACGACAUUCCAUAUCCAUCUUUGGUUAUGAAAGAAUGAUAUUAAUAGUGACAGGUACAGCUGGAUUCACAGUUGCAUGUGUUCAAACUACAGUAGUCUUACAUGACAUUAUGUACAUAGACUGUUUCCACUCGUAUGGUAUUCUGCUUUACAGUUACAACCUUGAGCUGCAUGCCUGAUUUUCACUGUAAAUAUUUGCUUUGGCUCGGCUGUUGGUCAGUAGUACUAAAUCAGAAGUGCAACCUGUUUAAAAAACUGUCUUUGACUGAAUUCCAGCAUCUAGUCCUGGACCCUGUUUCCUUCUCUUGUCCUAUCCUGCUGAAGUACCGUGGGUCCUUUUGCUGCCCUCUCGACGUCCAGAUGUCCAUGGACAGAGUUCACCAUGCCUCUGUCUUCCUUCCCCAGUGCAAAUGGUAAUUCUUUUGCGUUCUUGGCUAGGUGUUUAGAAGGCCAAUUAAAUUGAGUUAGUCACAUUAAGUGAUUAAUGGCUGACUCUCUCAAUUCUGCUAAGAUGGUACUUGAAUUUAAAAAAUUUCCUGACUUAAGUUUCCCAUUGUUGCAGUGGUAUAAUUGGUAUUUUCCUUUUCAUCAGACUCUAUCAGUCCAGACUCUGCAAGGAUGGUUGCAAGUGGGGCUUCUCAAACCACCAUUCCUGAAGAAAGCUGAUUUAUUCAUAGAGUAUUAGAAAGAAGAGGCUCAAGGCCAAUCCUUUUUUUUAAUAUAUAUAUAUAUAUAUUUUAAUGUUUACUUUUGAGAGACAGAGCGGGUGUGGGGGAGGGGAAGAGAGAGGGAGAUCUAGAAUCUGAAACAGGCUCCAGGCUCUGAGCUGUUAGCACAGAGCCCAAUGCGGGGCUCGAACUCUCGAAUGAUGAGAUCAUGACCUGAGCCCAAGUCGGAUGCUCAGCCGACUGAGCUACCCAGGCGCCCUAAGGCCAGUCCUAAACCAGACUGUUAAUCAUCCCAUAAUAGUUGUGCUUAAAUAUACUUUUAGAUAUAAUAGCCAACUUUAUGGUAUGUUAAGGAACAUACCUUUUAUUGAAGUUGAAAUUUCAAGGUGAUUAGUCUUUAAGGCUUAUUAUCUUGUUCUGUACUUUUACAGAGAUUUUUAGGUAGUAACAAAAGAGAAGCUUAAAUAUUGUUUAUAUUGUGAGUCAUAAUUCUGUGCACUUGCUUCUGUAAUUGGGGAGCAAUACUGCCCUUCCUCCCACCAUGGUAAAUUGAAACAGCAGAGGCUGAUUGUAGCCUUAAUAGACAGUACUGAAAGCAGAAAUUCAGAGUGCUAAUCCUGAUUUUGAAUUUAUUUCUGAUGUUCUGCAAAAUCAUCAGAUUACUUGGCUUCUUUGCAUUUAUUUUCAUUUCCACAAAAGGAAGAUACUAUGACUACCUCAUAUUUUUAAGUCAUUUAUUUUGCUUUUAUUUACUAAAUCCUAUAUAAAAGUAAGUAGCUAGAUGUUCAAUAGUAACGAAUGAGUAGCUUUUUGAUUGAGUUACAAAGUCAGCAGAAAUUUGAGUUACUGUCCAAUUUUGCAUUUAAAAUUAAAGAGUUAGAGUGAGUACUCCUUAUAUAUAUAGUAAUGAUUUGCAUGUUUAAAAAUCACAUAGACAUUAAAUAUAAUACUUGAGAAAGGUUUCUUUCUAAUAAGACCCUUUAAGAUAAUAGGUACAUCUCAGAUACUUGAGCAAAACCAUACCCCCCCUUUAGUGACAUUUCCUCUACUUCAUAAAACAUGGUGCUCGGAAUUUGAGAGUUGAGUGCUUUUUUUCUCUGUAUGAAAGAUAAUAUAUUGCUUUCCUAGCUCUUUGUCAGAAAUAUUUCAGUAAACUAACUAUACCAGGCAUUCUUAAUUUGGGCAGAUAAGCCAACAUUUUAUUUUUAAAGAAAGUCAACCAGCCUUUAAGAGAAGACAAGUAAUGGAUCAGUGUUUUGGCUACUCUUCUGGACCAUAAUACAUUCUCAAACUGCAGAUUUCCUCCUGUUAUCUUUCCUGCCGGUUUGUAAUUUAGUAUAGCUGGUUCCAGUUCUUUCUUGACACAAAUACUAUACAGAUUUAAAAUGUUCUAGAAGGAAAGAGCAUUCUGUUCUCUCAAGAAACCUUUGGCACUAAUAAAAAGACCACCUCCUUCUUUAUCUUCUAGUAGCAGCUUAUUUAAUUAGGUUAAUUGCAAUAAUCUCAUUGCAUUGCUCUGAGGUCUUCAUGAACAGGAGUUUGUAUUAACUGAAGUUAUCAAAGCCCUUUGAAAGUUCGUAUUUCUCUUGACAUUUGUCGGAGCUAAUGACUGACAUCUUGUCCUGGCAGAAGAGUUAAGCGUUAUGAAGCUGGCAGUGGAAGCAAGGUAGACAUGACUGGAAAGCAGUAUGCUGAAAUCUACUGGCCAAGAGAAGUAACUGCAUUGUUAUCCUACACUUUGGUUCCAAGGGGCAAAGUCAUGCGAUGGCUGGGAAUUGCACACAGCUUUACUGCUUCCUUUUUAUACGUUCUUUAUGUAUUACAACGGAAUUUUUUUUAAAUUUGUUCUAGAUAGUUUUCCUCGGCUAUCAUGUCCUUUGAGAAGAGAAUGGGAGGCUACCUUGAAUAAAGUAUUCUUUUAUUUAUCUUUUA